AUGCUUGUGGAAUCCCCAGAGGAGUCCUCUUCUCUGAGAUGUCUGAGGGAACAGACCAGGCAGUUAAAUGGCACCUGUACCAGCUCGGUGAACAUGGAGCUCUUCCUUCAUUACUCCCUCAUCCCAUCACUCUUCAUCAUUUUGAUCUUGUCCUUCCUCCAAAGACGAGAGCAUCGUAAACAGAGAGAUGAUACCUCUUACCUGCUGGGGAACCACUUUGGCAUUAUCAUGCCUCUGGACUUCGUGGGCACUUUCAGUAACCGAUGGUCCUAUGGAAUCGCCUUUGGGGCCACAGCUAAUAAGGUCAUGUUUUUGUUCUCAGAAGGCUACCAGCCCCUGCAGAUCCCGCAGUGGGCCCAAGCCUUUGAGCUUCUGAUUGGAGGCAUUGAAGUCGGCCUGUCCCAUUUCCCCUUCUUUGCCUGCCUCUCGUCGGAGUUCCAGCUGGUCAGCUCCAUCCUGGGCUUCUGCUACUCUCUGAUCUGGUUUGCUGUCACCGUUCUUCAAGUUUCACAGUGUCCCCACGGGCAGUUUGUGGGGAAGUAUGAGACCCUCAUGUUUUACUGGCCCUCGCUGCUGUGCCUUGCCUUCCUGCUGGGACGCUUCCUGCAUAUGUUUGUCAAGGCUCUGAGGGUGCACCUCGGCCGGGAGUUCCAGGUGGAAGAAAAGUCUGUCCUGGAAACGCACCAGGCAGAGCACGUCAAGCAGCUCCUGAGGACACCCCGCCCUCAAGAGAAAAAAAAGUCUUGGUUCCAAACCAGGAUAUAUGAGUGGGAUCCCUGCUUUCAAUUUCCAAGCAGAAUGAUCGGAACCAUUGUGUUGGCAUUCAUCUGCCUGUAUCUUUUCAUUGUCAUCGAGUUCUGCGUGUUUGUGUAUGUGAGAGAUGAGUUGGACGUGUUUGAAAACAAGCUGGAGAGCUACAUCACCUUCACGAACCAUUCAGGGGUCCUGACCCCAGUCAUCCUGCAGGUGAAAGAGCUGAUCAGCGUCACCAAAGGAGUCUGGGUGGCGACCAUUUUGCCUGCCUCUCUCACGUGUGUGAGCUAUCUGUUCCACAUUUUGGUCUGUUAUAGAAAGCACAUAAAGAGGCUUUGGGCAGGAGAUAAACAUUUUCUUCCUUUGAAGUUCCAUAACCCGGCCUCCUCAGCGAGCGUGGUGGCCAUUGCAAGGUACUCUGGCUGGCAAAUAGCCUAUAUUCUAUGGGGCUACCUCAUCAUUCACGUGGUGCAGAGCCUAUGUGGCAUGGCAAUCAUGUACGGCCUGGUGCUGCCCAUCGUUCACAACCAGGGCCUGGAGAUGCUGCAAGGGCUGGGCAUUGGGAUCCUCACCAUAUCCAUCGUCGUGGGUCUCAUGAUCCUGCAGAUGUGGAUUGCUGCCAGCUUCUUCCUACAGCCAAAACUGGGCACAGCUGACAAGCAGAAGCCCCUGGCUCUCAACAACAGGAAAGUGUUCCACAACUUCAACUACUUCCUGUUCUUCUACAACGUGCUACUGGGUCUGGGUGCCUGCCUUUCUAGGCUGCUCAUCAGUUGCCUCCUUGGCACAUGGCUGAUUGCCCGCAUCGACAGGACUAUCAUGCAGAAUGGCUAUGAGGGAGCAGACAUGGGGUUCAGUGCAUGGAUCGGGAUGCUCUAUGUGGACCAUUAUCACACCAACCCUGUGCUCGUCAGCUUUUGCCACAUCCUGAUCGCAAAUCACAAGGAGAAGAAACUGCAGCAGACCACCAAAUACUGGUGCCUAAAUCAAUCGGCAGGUCCCCGUGUCUCAGCUAGGUCCAGAACAAGGUGGUUCCUGUUGCAGACCCUAAUCAACAACCCAAGACUCAUCAUACACAGAAAAUUAAAAUCAGGGCACAGUUCCCAGGAAUCCCAAAUUCUGAUGGCAUGCUUGGAGAGCUGACGCUGGCCCCCAUCAUCUGCUCCAAAGCCAGGCUAGGACAUCUGCCACCAAGAGAGGGCUCAAUCUAAGCAGAAGCUGUCCCCUGCAAUGAAAUGGGAUGGCACAGCACCAUCCAUGCAGAUGGCAGACAAUAUUGGCCACUCAUGGGGUGGCCACCUGGGCUGAGGAAUGAAGUCUCAGGACUAUUUCACUCCCUUGGCAAAAAAGAUUAAAAAACUAAAGAAAAAUCUGUUGAACAAACUUUGCCCAUUAAUGACUUUCACUAUCCGUUGUGGGUAGGCAUCCUUGGAGAGUUACCUGUUAAAAGCACUUAGUUUACCUACAAAGCAGAAUUUUAUGUCAAUGGAGAAGGUGGUAAAAUGUGUACAUCAGGAGAGUUUAACCAUCAGAUACCAUUUUUCUCUGGAACAGAAUGUGGAUUUCAGUAUCCUCAUUGCUUCCUUCUUGCCAGGCUUUAUGGUGGAUGUGAGAGAAGGAAAUCCAUGAUCCUGGCCCCAAUGUUGUUGGACAAGCAGGCACACAACAGGCUUUCUCUCCCAUUGCCACUGGGAUGAGGAAUGGAUCAGAGCUAACUUGGGCCUUAGUCAUAAAGCAGAUGUACAGAUUCUCUCUAAUAAGGGUGGGAUUACUUGGAAAAGCCACCUGUCUGAAGAUACAAAGACAGGGUAAGCAGGUAUUCUAGGUGGGGGAUCACAAGAGUAAAGUUGUGUGAGCAAGCAAGCCCCAAGCAUGUUUGAGGAAGGUGAGUCAUGUGACAUGUCGUGGUACAGAGCUCUAGGGGCUGGCCAGGACCAUCCCAAGAAGGGCCAAACGUUGUGCCAGGAGGCUUGGACAUUUGUCCUGUGCAAAGCCCAGUACUUAACCACAUUUCAUGCUGAAACACAAAAACCUGGCCCAGAACUUGUACAAAAUCUGUCCAUUCAAAAUUCCUUAUGAAGCUUCUGCAGUUAUUAUGAGGAUCCCACCAACAGGGCAAAGGGGAAUCCCCAUUCCCCUCAUGAGUCCAAGAGCAAUUGUAAUUCAGUUGUUAUUGUUAAGCACCUAAUGUAAACCUAGUCCUGUUGCUAGGUGUUUGCCAGCAUUGUCUCUUUUUAGUUUAAUCUCUAACUGAGCUUUAUCAUCCUGCUUUUUAGAAACUGAGAAAACCAAGACUCAAAGUGUUGGGAUUCCCAUGCCACCACUUUGUAGGUGUGUGAUAGCAGCCCAAUUACUUUGCCUUUAUUCACUUUUCUUAUCUAUAAAAAGACAGUAAUACCCCCUAACACCUAAAAUUGUUUUGAGGAAAAAAAUAAGUUAAUAGAGGCAAACACUCUUAAGAUAGUGUCUCACACAUCCUAAACUCUCAAUAGAUAUUAGCUAUUGUUAUUUGUCAUAUAACACUUUGUGAUGAUCUGGUUAAUAUCUGCUCACCCUCUCACUAAAAUAUCAGCUCCAUGAAGAAAGAGGCCUUCUCAGGUUUUGCUGACUAUCACCAAGCACACACCUAUAACAUAAUAAGAUCUUGGAAUCAAUAAAAUAAUGAGAUCAAGAUGAAUAA